UUAUUUCGCAUUUUAUUUAUUUUAUCUAAUGUUUGUGUCGACUGUGAGAUCACGGAUGCCCAGUUAUGCCACAUGUGUGAAGGAGGUAUACAGAACCACAGCGCUGUGUGGAGGUUUUGUCUUUCAGAAGGCAGGAUCGAGGGUCGCUGCUGCUUCCAGCGUGAACGGGACAACAUCCUGGGUCUGGAUUUGUCCAAUUGCUCUUUGACCCAAGUUGAUGACCUCCAUGAGGCUUCUGCAGCAGUCAUCCUAGACCUUUCAAGCAACCCUGUUUCUAAUUUGAGUGAUUUUAUAUUCCAAGGUUUUAAUAAUCUCAGCCAGCUUCUACUACCUAUAAAAUUGGACUGUCCCGGCGGCAACACAUCAUGGGACAGAGUGGAAGUUACACCUGAUACCCGGCUCUGUGAAGGACAGAGGAACACCUGCGAUCGAAUUGGGCAGAUGUCCUUGGAUUGCCCUGAGAACUCAAUAUGCAGUCCUUAUGGACCAGGGUUCGUUCAGUGUAGCUGUGUACAUAACUUUUACGGAUACAAGUGCCUGAGAGAGGGCCAUUUUCCUAUGCUGGAAGUCAUGGUGAUACUAGGUGGGUCCACAGUUGUUGUUUCAGCAGUACUGUGGAUCACUCAGAGAAGGAAAAUAAAAGGCACCUGAGUUCCUGCAUCGUCUGGCAGCUGGUAAAAUGCUGUAGGAAACACUGAAUAAAACACAUUGUGUUGAAGGAA